GUUCCUACAUAAAAUCGACAUGGCGUCAAAGCUAAGGCACCUCCACGUGGUAUCACCAAUCGGCUACUGUGACGAGGAUGGAGAGAUGAUAUUAGUCUACGAUUACAUGGUGCAUGGCAGUUUAUACGACCAUCUCUACAAGAAGAAUCCACCAUUAAAGUGGAAGCAACGCCUCCAAAUUUGCAUAGGUGCCGCCAGGGGAUUGCAUUACCUUAACAAUACCGUCAAUGAGUACCACAAGAUUCAUCGCAUCGUCAACUCCACAAACAUACUACUGGAUGAGAAAUGGGUGGCCAAGGUCUCCGUCGCGCCAACUUAUAUCUGGCAUGGCUCGAUGAUUGAAGAAAAGGAUAAUAAUGUGUACUCCUUCGGCUUGGUGUUGUUACAAGUGUUAUUCAUCAAGCCCAGGAAGCCGUUAGAUAUUCACCAAUAUGCUGAGUCUUGUCGUAGAGGGGCAUUUAAAAAAUAUAUUGAUCCUAAUCUGAAUCGUCAAAUUGCCCCUCAAUGUUUGAGUAAAUUCGUCGAGACAGCCCUCGCAUGCAUUAAAAAGGAAAGUGAGCCGCCGGCAACGAGCGACGUUGUUCGGAGCCUCGAGCUUGCGAUGCAGCUGCAAGAAGCAGCGGAGCAAAGAGACAACAUCAUAUGAUGGUGGGAGUUUCUCC